AGAUCGACCAAGAGCUCAGAAAGUUUCUCAGCACCGGACGCGUGAUCAGGGCUGUGAACGCUGCUACCCUUGACUGACCUCAAAGUAAACGCACGGCGCUGAAGUCCACUCGCAUAAGCCGGCCGCGAGCGCCUGAACGGCAGAUCUGCGACCAGGAUCCACGCUCGUGUCCACGGUGGCUGCGUCAAGCGAGCUCCGUCCUGAACCGGGAUCGCGUGACGUUUUCUGGCGCGCGUAUAAUCGUGACCAUCGCACGGAGCGAUCCGCAGACCUCGCGUGGACCCGUCGCGCCGCAGGGGUUCUCCAGAGACCGUCUCUCACAUGAUGUACACUAUAACCAGAGGUCCCAGCAAACUCGUGACACAACGGAGAACAGGCCCGACGCAACAGAUUGAGAGCAAAGCGAACGACCUGAAACAGAAGCAAAGCCACUGGCUUGUGUCGGAUUCACCAGCGCCUAAGAUUGUGUUUCACCGGCUGAACGGAAAGCGGUUCCACCGAUCAGCGUCUCCGAAAGCUGAAAACACUACUGAGGGAUGCACCCCGGCUCAUGAGGAAAAUGUUCGGUUUGUUUACGAGGCUUGGCAGGAGGUGGAACAGAAGCUCGGAAAGGGAUCCCAGCCGGAGAACGGGAAAGGCCCGGUUCAGUACGCGGAGAGGAGCCCCAAUCCCGGCAUGAAGAAUUUUGUGCCUAUUGAUCUCGAGGAGUGGUGGGCCAAGCGUUUCCUGGCCAACAUUGCCAACCUGUCAUGACAGGUGCAUGAUGGGGCAUGAGGAGAUAUGUCUGACCGGUCCGGACUGAGGCAGUGCAGCCGGACUCUCCUGAUGAGCUCAGGUGAUCAUGCGAGAGAUUUGCACACUUCCUGUGGAACUGUUUGCCCAGCUGGACCCGGACUCUCUCUCAUGCACACGGAAGACGAUCAGAUUUUUCUUCUGCUUUUCUUUCUUUGUUAGAAUGUGAGAUGUCUGUUUUUCUCAGCAGAUCUUUGCAAAAAAAGUGAUGUUAUAAAACAACCCCAAAAAAGUCCAGUAAAAACUUUUUCAAGA